UGAAUUUCUGCAAAUGAUUUUACUUCAACUGUGAAAGUGACUUGCAGUAUUGUCUCUGCUCAGGACAACGAGAAAGCAGGAACAACCUUAUCAAUUUAUAAACCGGUAACACGAAACAAACAAUUGUUUGAGUGGCCAUAUUCAAUUACCACUGAAGUACAUAAAUUUGAUAGUAGUCUAAUUUUCCCCGCAAGUUCAGCGCUUGAGAUAGGUGAGGUCGCAAAAGUUGAUUCUUUUCCCUAAUUGAAGUGUAUUUCAUUUCAAAUUAGCGAAACACGACUAACUCGAACGAGUCAGAGUUUAUGUAUUCAUCAGGGGAAAGUAUUCGGUUUUCACAUGCGACGCGAUUGGAUAGCGCACUGGUAGACUUGUAUUGUUCACUGAUCAUCGCAAACGGCACGGUAGGAAACGUGCUGGCGUAGUAAAACUUCGAGAGAUUUCAGUUUUCAUUGUUUUCUCGACACCGGUAAGCGCGUAUUUCAACUGUCAAUUCAACUAAAGCGGUUGCAUGCUGAGGAUUGAGACAGAAAGCUGAUAUUUACAAACCAAUACGCGAUUCGGGUUUUCCAAGGUAAGAGGAAAGGAAGAGUACUUGCUAAGGACUUAAUAACGAAACCAGCCACUGACAUGGGAUUUCUCUCUCCAACAUUACUGAUGGUCUUCUCCGUCUGCCUCCUCGGAACUGACGGCCUGAUAACGGAUGAGGCUCUGGCUGCCCAAUGGCUGGAUGAAUACAACGAAGCCGCCCAACAGAUGUACUUCCAGUCUGUCUCAGCGAGUUGGAAUUAUAAUACAAACAUCACAGAUUAUAACAAGGAAAUCCAGCUUAAUGCCAGUCUUCGAGAGUCUGAGUUCAGCAAAGAAACCUUCAAGAAUGCUUCUCUAUUUGACUGGAGAAACUUCAAGAAUGAAACACUGAAGAAAAUGUUUAAGGACCUGUCGAAUAUUGGGAUAGCUGCGCUGGAUGACAAGGCCAAAGUCAAAGAGUACAUGGGAAUUAUUCCUGAAAUGGAGACAAUUUACAGUACCAGCAAGAUGUGUAAUGCCAAUAAAUGUUACCCAUUGGAACCAGACCUGACCCGCAUACUCCGCACCUCUAGAGACCCGGAGGAACUAUUGCGAGUAUGGAAAGGAUGGCGAGAUGCAACCGGACCUAAGAUAAGACCCCUUUAUCAGCGGUUUGUCGAACUAAGCAAUGAAGGUGCAAGAGCAAAUGGAUUUAAGGAUACUGCGGAAGACUGGCGCGCUCGGUACGAGACUCCUAACUUUGAAGCAGAGCUCGAGCGAUUGUAUGAAGAACUUGGCCCGCUGUAUGACAACCUGCAUGCCUACGUGCGCAGGAAACUCAUGGAGCGCUAUGGCAAGGACCUGUUUCCACCUACUGGUCACAUCCCCGCCCAUCUACUUGGCAACAUGUGGGCACAGUCAUGGGAUAAUAUCAUGGAUAUCGUUGAACCUUACAAGGGCAAAGUCAGCGUUGACGUCACUUCCGAAAUGGUCAGACAGAACUAUACUGCCAAGAAGAUGUUUGAGAUAUCCGACGAGUUUUUCACCUCUCUUGGUCUGAUCCCCAUGCCUGAGCCCUUCUGGAACAAGUCUAUGAUUGAAAAGCCGGAGGGGCGUGAGGUCGUCUGUCACGCAUCCGCCUGGGACUUCUACAACCAGAAAGAUUUCAGGAUCAAACAGUGUACUGUCGUCACCAUGGGAGACCUCGUAACAGUGCACCAUGAGAUGGGUCACAUCCAGUACGAUCUACAGUAUAAAAACCAGCCGGUCAUCUUCCGAGACGGGGCGAACCCGGGCUUCCAUGAGGCCGUGGGGGAUGUGCUUGCACUAUCUGUCUCUACACCAGGGCAUUUGAAGAAGAUUGGACUACUCGCUGAAGUGGAGAAUGAUGCUGAGAGUGACAUUAACUUCCUGAUGUCCAUGGCCCUUGAUAAAAUCGCCUUCCUUCCAUUCGGCUUCCUCAUGGACCAGUGGAGAUGGAAGGUCUUCAGCGGAGAGACGUCGCCCUCUCAUUACAACAGAGAUUGGUGGGCUCUGAGGUGCAAAUAUCAAGGAAUAGCGCCGCCCGUCGCUCGAUCUGAGGAGGACUUUGAUCCUGGUGCUAAAUACCACAUCCCUGCAAAUACACCUUAUAUCAGAUAUUUUGUGAGUUACGUCAUCCAGUUUCAAUUCCACAAAGCUCUUUGCGCGGCAGCCAAUCAAACGGGUCCACUUCAUAAGUGCGACAUCUAUCGGUCAAAGGCAGCAGGAGAUAAACUAGGCGCUAUGUUACAACUUGGUUCCUCCAAGCCUUGGCAGGACGCCAUGGAAGCCGUUACCGGACAACGCAAGAUGGACGCCACCGCCAUCGUUGAUUACUUCAAGCCGCUCAUUGAUUGGCUGAAAGAGCAGAACAAAGGACAUGACAUUGGCUGGAUGCCAGUCUGCCCGACAUUCACGUCCGGAGCGACAAGAGCUGUAUCGCUUUCCUUUUCAUUAUAUGCAAUAGUUUAUGCAGUUGUCGUAGUAAUGUUUAGCAAAGUUCGUCAUUUAUAGCGAGGAUAAUGUGAAGAAAGGCCUGGAACCAUUAUCAACCUCAGUCAGCACGUCGCUUUAUGGCUAGAGUAACAUCAGCUGGAUAAUGUUACUCCAGCCACGAACCGAGACUUGACAAGGAGAUGCUUCCAAACCUAUGUGGUGUAACGCCAAGUGGAAUUGAAAAGUCCGUUCUCAUUGAUUGCAACAAAUCCCAUGAGUGGUCGUGUUACCGAGGUUCCACUGUAUCUGAAUCAAGGUUGAAUACGACCAGGCACUUAGAUUAGCCCAAUUAGCUUAAUCACCGACGCAAUUACUGUCAAUAUUAUCUGUUUGAUAGAAACAUAUUGAUUUAAUUGGAUUUUGUGAUCUUAAACAUUUGAUGAAUUGAUUCAUCUAAGAUUGACAUUGCCGCUACUAUGACCCCGUAAGUGCAGAAUGGAUUUUAUAUCAGUUUCACCGUUAAUUAGGUCACUUCUUCUGUCACAAACAAGAUUUUAGCCUUGUAAACAGACUGGAUUAGACUUGUCUUAAUCCCAAUACUAUCAAUAACCUCUGAUUUACAUAGUACUAUAAUUUGAUCUUGUUGUCCUUCCAGUAUCAAUGUUAUAAUCCGUUUCUGAUAUGGAUAUUAUAAAUAAAAACAUUUUCGGGCAAAGUUU